AUGUCGCUGCUGCGCGAAUACUCGCGACUGCUCUAUCGUCGACCGUUAACGGUCGCUAUCGUUGCUUUAGUAUUCACUGCCAUUGUGCCUCUAAUUGUACUGUACUUUCUACCUAUUAGACUUAGCCAAAGUGCUGAAAUUGGUUUUGACACGAAGGAUACUGAACUGUCUGGACCACGGCAAGCAUGGCAACAUUUACAAAAAACGUUGAUCACCUCGAAUCGAAUAAAUUUUGCAAAUCAUCCACAAUUGAACGUAUCCAUAGCACAAGCUCAGAACAAUACAAAUGCUGUGACGAAAACUCGGACACGGCGAUCUUGGGCUGAACAGUUGCUAAGCACUUUUAGCACUAUAGCUUGCUAUGAUGCUCCAAUCCCGUUAAUGAAUCACCUCAGCCAAGUGGUAAUCGAAGUCCCAAACAUCGCUACCCUAUACGACUUCAAUUUCCUAAAAAGGAUCUGUUCUAUGCAAGACUACCUCGAAAAAGAGCUGGACGCUUUCGAUGACUAUACUCCUUACCGCAAUAUCUGGAGCGUUGCCAACUUCUUCGCCUGUUUGUCGCCGGAAUUUCUCUACAAUUGCACCGAGCUUACACCCAAUCAUGUGGAGAGCGUGCGGCAAUUGGUCAACUAUUGUGCUCUUCAUAGAGAAAAGUUGAUCAAAUGCAAGGUGGCUUGCAAGAAGGGCGAGGAUUGCUAUAAUUGUCCAGGAGUUCCAAUGAACUGCUCAUCAACGAUGAUGUUCGACUUAUUCUAUAGAAUCCUUCCACGAGACUUGACUUCUGAACCGCUUUACCUGAACACAUUCCUACCCGUAUUUACUCUGACCGGCUACGCUACCCAAAACAUUUUCGUCCCCCUGGACCUCUAUAAUAACCUGGAAAAAGCCAUUGUCAACUACAUGGACCACGAGGGUUUUGCCAUGAAAGGAAUUUCAAUGGACGUGAAGAGAGAUCGUCUCUUACCUGCAGCGAUGUCCGAUUCGUUGCUGGCUCUUCUGGCUGCUGGCGUUAUCGCAGUCGUCGUGGCUUUACAUUCACAAUCGCUUACAUAUGCUUUGGCUGUGUUUAUAGUACUGGGCCUUAGCGUUUUAGGAUCCCUAGCCUUCUAUGCAACAUUUACUUCGGAUUUUCCUCUACUAAACCUUGUUAUCUUCGUUCUUCUUAUCGCUGUCGGUACUGAUGAUGCAUUUCUGCUCUUUAGUCAUUUUCCAAGGGAACUCAACGAGGAGUCGUUUCAUGAGUGUCUCGCUCACACCAGUGCAACGAUGUUUCUCACAUCAUUCUCGACUGCCGUUCCGUUUUUCGUGAAUAUCGCCUCAAAUGUGGUGGUCUUUCGCUGUUUUGGACUAUUUGCUGGAGUUACAAUUCUCAUCAACUAUGUUCUUGUUGUUUCCUUUCUUCCUGCGUUUCUUAUCCUGCAAAGGAGGUUUUGUGCUUGCAUACCUUCGCUCCCCAGUAUUGGAACCUACUUUUCAAAAUCUUUCAAGGAGGUCUUACCAUGGGUAGUAAUUCAGGGUCGCUUCGUUUGGAUGAUCUCAUUGUCUACCGUAGUCGUGGUGGCUGUCGUGGUUGCUGUGCGGGACCUACAUCUACCCGAGUACAAUCCGCUGCAGGUGUUCAUCGCGUCGAAUCCACACGAAUGGUAUGACAACAACGCUGAAAAGACUUUCUUCUUUGUGGAGGAGAAAAUCGCCAUUCCGUUGUAUGUGCGGCUCGUUUGGGGUGUGAAAACUGUGAAUUCCACGGCAAUGUUCAGACAUGACACCGUUACUCCACUAGAAUCUAACCCUGCUUUCACCCUCUCAACCCCCAAUGACGUUCGGAACCUCGCAAAUGAGCUUUCUACAUAUCGAGCUUACCCAUUCAUCAAUCAUUCGGAACCAUUUUGGCCUGAAAAAUUUCUCAACUGGAGCGCAAAAUAUCAUUGCGAGGAAGGACUGAUCUGCUGUAACAUGUCACAUCCGAUAUUUAACGAUGUCUACUUGGAUUACUGCCUUCGGAACUCGACUGCUUUCAUAAUCACUUCCUACAAUGAUACUCCACUUUUCGACAAUAAUUCGUUUGCUUUAUGCGGUUAUACGGCCCUUAUGCCCACGCAUCUGAAAUAUUCACAUCGAUUCCAUCGUUUGGCUCAUUCGUUCAAUUUGCUUUCACUACUGACGCCAUCGAAUGGCUGGUGGUCUACCGAGUGGGCACUAAUUUCUACAUGGUACGAUUUGCAACAUUCGAUUGUAUCAGAUGUGCGGUCCUCAGUGAUUGUUUCGGUUUCUGUCGUAGCCCUCUUUGCUGUUCUGCAGCUAAAAAUGCAGGCAAUAGCUGCUGUAAUCACAUGCGUGUGUAUCAUAGCCAGUUCAGUAGGCUGUGUAGCUUUACUCGGUUGGGAGAUUGGCGUGCUCGAAGCUGUAAUCCUCGUCUUAGUUGUCGGUCUCUCAUUCGACUACACACUGCAUUACGGAGCAGCUUUGCCAAAAACCGGAUGUAAAUCGCAUAGGAUUCAGCGCUCAGCAAAUCUUGCUACCGUACCAGUAACACUGUCUGCAUUCACCUCGUUCUUGGCAGGAGCAUCAAUGCUUUUCACUCAGACGCAUGCAUUUUCACAGGUCGGAGUAUUCCUUAUCGUACAAACCGUAUCCAGUUGGAUAUUCGCUACAUUUUUCUUCUUGCCACUACUUUCGCUCACUCUUCCCGGUGGAAAAACCGAGUGUGCCGAAUGUGACAAAGCAACUCCGGUCUCAUUUCCAAUGCACGAGAAGUUUCAUUCAUAGCGGGUGUUCAACGCUGGUUAUUCCCUUCGGAUAUCCAGCACGUCACUACAACUCAUGACUCAUUAGAAGCCAGUUGUAUAUAUAACUUAUAGAAGCGCUAGACUGCCGCUGCCUUAUUUUUCGUACGGGUGCUUCUGUGAUUCAAAAUGAUUUCACU